UCCCAAACAAGCUAUUAAGCCGAAAAACUUUGACAAGUGUGUGUCGUUUUGUAGUCUUCUAGACAUUUCGCUCCGGCGAAAUAGAAACACACAGUACACGUACAAGCUGCGGCUGCUCUGCAACUUUUCGACGUGACAAUGGCGCAAACUGCUGUUACUCUUCGUUCCUACUUCUUCUCCAAAUCAAAGUCUUCGUCUUUUCAGCUCUUCAGUCGCCUGUUUUUCCGUUCCUCCACCCUAUCACCAUUGCUUCUCUACCCCGUCACUCCUUCCAAAAUUCACGAAUCAGUUUUCCCUCCACUCUUUCAUACACGGCCAUUUUGCACCCCUGCCGAGACGCCUACUCCCUUUAAACGUAAUCCCAAAUUGGUAAAUUUCUCCCUCCCAUCGGAUUCAGAGUCGGAUUCCGAGUCCGGAAGCUCGACUCGGAAAACUGAGGCAAAACAAAUAGAUAAACCCAAGCUCCCCCCACCGUACGACCCGUUUAACAAAAAACCCAUCAUAGAAGAACCGGAUGAUCCGAAAAACCUCCAAGAAGUUUUCGCAAAAUUAAGAGAAGACGGCCUCAUGAACAGUGCAGUCAAGAUGUUCGACGGAUUGUCCCAAGAGGGGUUGACCCACGAGGCAUUAGAACUCUUUUCGCAGAUCAAGGACAAAGGCAAAAUGCCCGAUGUGGUAGCGCACACGGCGGUUAUAGAGGCGUAUAUGCAAGCGAACCAACCCAAGGAAGCCCACAAAGUGUACAUGAGGAUGCUGGCCAGUGGGGUGCUGCCUAAUGCGUAUACUUAUAGGGUGCUAAUACGAGGGCUGGCGGAAAGUGGGGAGGUGCAGAUGGUGAAGGAGGCAAAGAAAUACUUCGGAGAAAUGGUGGGGCGGGGAAUGCGGCCGAAUGCUGUUGUCUGUGUUGCGAGUUUUGAGGGAUUGGUGAAGGUUGGGCUGGAGAAGGAAGGAACGGAGAUGCUGGAAAUGCUCAAGGAAAAAGGGAUUGUGCCGGAGGAGAGCAAGGUUAGAGAAGCUUUGAAGAAUAAGAGAGGUACUGUUUAUAGGACUGUGAUGAGUGUUUUCUAUGGGAAGUAGAGAAAUGUCUUGUUGAAAAUGUACUCGAUUUUCCAAGUUUUAAACACAAAGUUACUUCUAUCUCCCCAUUAGGGUCGUUUAUCGUGCUGCACGGGACACAAUUCAAGGACAUAUUUUCGUUCAA